UGGCCUUCAAGUUCCAUGUCAACUUCGGAUGGAUCAUCUGUGAGCAGAGUACGCACUGAGCACGCCAGUUUCUCCGUGGUACAUUAAAAGCAGAGCAUCCGGCAGGGCAUUGCGAUCGAGCUCUCUGCGCGGCAGCAGAAGAGAAUGAUGCUCUCGUUGUCCAGUUUCGCCAGGACGUGCUCGCUUCUCCCGAGAGCAAACGCAAGAGCUUCUCGCCACCGCCAUCCUUCGGUGCUUUGCUUCAGAGAAGACGACACUUCGCCAGAGUUUUUCCCUGCUGUGAUCCGAGAGCUGCCGAGCGCAGUUCUGGAGUUCACUCCAGGUGGGCGAUUCCGGCGCUUCCAGCAGCCGGGGGAGAUUUGCAGCACCAGUAGCAACGAUUGGGGAUCCGGCAACAACAACAAUGACGAUGGAAGCAACCGAAGGGGCUGGCGUGGUCACGGAGACAACAACAACAGUGGAGAGAAGCACUCGUCCCUCGUCGCUGCGAGAGUGCUGCUUGCAUUCUCGGCUUUCCAUCUGGGAUACUGUAUCGCGGCAUGGAUGAGGAAAGAUGGUGACAAGCUGGGGAUCGAAUUCUAUGGAGUUGGACUCGGCCUCGUUUGCUUCCUCGCCACCGCCGCCGUGUUCGUGAGCUUAGGAGCUGUGAGCAGUGAGAAACUUGUGGCGAUUUGGACUUGCUUGGCGGCGAUGAUAGCAACAGCCGAGAAAUGCUUCUUCCGGAAGCACAGGAGAUUGUCUGGCUUCGUGCUCUUGUUUGGAAUCUCGACAGUGGCAACUCUCUGCGUGUAAUUUUACGGUUGACUAGUUUGACUUGUAAUCUUUCGCCACGCAAGCUUUAAGUCAACUAUCGGCGGCCAGCGCGCCACGUCA